CGGCUGGGAAAGCAUGGAGGUCCACGGUGAGCUUAGCGCCAGUCCCAGCUCUAGCUGUUCGUCGUCCACCCGGAACUGCUCAGGGGCCUCCGUGUCCAGCGAGCUGCUGACAGCGGGGAGCGGUGGCCGAGGAGGUAUAUGGGACCGGUUACUCAUCAACUCCAAGCCUAACUCCAGAAAGACCUCCACUCUUCAGACAGUUCGGAUAGAAAGGAGCCCGUUGUUAGACCAAGUUCAGAACUUUCUCCCCCAGAUGGCCCAGGCAAAUGAAAAACUACGGAAAGAAAUGGCUGCUGCUCCACCUGGUCGGUUCAAUAUCGAGAGUCUCGAUGGGACUCUCGGGAAAGUGAUACAGAUGGAUGUGGCCUUAUUUGAGAUGGAUCACUCAGAUUCAAAAGAAAUGGACAGUUCAGAGGAGAGUUCACAAGAGAGUUCAGAGGACAGCUCAGAAUCUGAGGAUGAAGAUGACAGCAUCUCGUCUGAAGUUACCAUAGAUAACAUUAAGCUUCCUAAUUCAGAAGGUGGAAAAGGCAAGAUUGAAGUGUUGGACAGUCCAGCAAGUAAAAAAAAGAAACAGUGAAGAAAUUGAUCUGAAAAGAAACAGGUUUUGGCUGCCGGCUGGUCUGCCUUCUUCAGCACACCAGGCUUCUCCAGCAUACGGAGUUGAGAAGUGGAGCUGCCUGUCCCGGGUUUCCUGAUGAUGAUGGCGUUGUUCUAAUACUCCAGAGUCACCGUUUUGGUUUUGAGGUAUUCGUUUAGAGCUUCCUCACCUACGGAAGAGAAUAGCAGUUGAUGGACCAAGUUCAAAGUUGGAUGUGGUACUACUGGCCUUCCAGACAUGGGCAUAGGUCACAAAGUAAAAGGAAUGUCACCCAGACCAGCGCUUCUCAAACUUUCAGGUUCAUGUGAAUCAGCUGAGGACUUUCGUAAACUGUAGGUUCUGAUUCAGCUACUUGGGGAGAAGGUUAGACAUCCUAACUGUUCUCCAUUGAUGCUGCUGGUGGUCCACAGACCACACUUGGAGUAGUGAGGGCUUAGGUCAGCUGCCAGGCCUGCUCAGAAACAGUGUUGGUUGAUCAACCUUCCUGCUUCAUUUCCCUGCAUACUGAUGAGUUACGUCUUUUUCCUUUGUUCAUAUGAGAUACACAGAAGUGACCAGGAUACUGUGUUCUAGAUUACAUUAAAUGAAGCAGACUGGAGCACAGGAAAGAGUUGGGAAUCAUUUGUUUAACCUGAUUUUAAGGGUAAGGAAAAUGCAAUUUAUAUCAUAUCAGAAACACAAAAGAGCACAUUUAAGCAAAAAAA